AUGCCAAAGUCCCCAGAGAGUGCAAAGAAGAUGCUAGAAGGCAUCCACAGCGAUGUCUGUGGUCCUAUGCAAACAGCUUCGCUCGGUGGAAGCAGAUACUUUGUCACGUUCAAUGAAGAGUAUUCACACUUUAGUGUGGUGUUCUUGCUUAAGAACAAGUCUGAAGUGGCUUCUAAGUUUGCCGAAUUCGUCGUAUUUGCAGAGACUCAGACAGGAAACCGCGUCAAGCUACUUCGCAGUGACAACGGCGGAGAUUACAAGUCGCAUGAGAUGACCAAGCUGUGCAGCAGUCGUGGCAUUGUACAAAAGUUCACGCCUCCCUACACACCUCAACUCAACGGAGUGGCAGAACGGAUGAACAGGACAUUGGUGGAAUGCGCGCGCUGCAUGAUGGAGCAUGCCGGACUGUCGAAGGAAUACUGGGGCGAAGCGGUUGUAACCGCUACAUUUCUUCGAAACCGAUGUCCAACACGUGCCACAAGUCAAGACAAGUCGCCACAUCAAAUCUGGACCGGCAAGAAACCGCUGUUUUCAAAUCUGAAGGUGUUCGGUUGUCACGCAUACGUGACGGUCCCGAAGCAAAAGCGCAUCAAGUUUGAUGCGCAGUCAGUCUAUUGCCGCUUCAUAGGAUACUCUGAACACGAGAAAGCGUAUCGCUUUGAAGAGAUCAAGAGCCGUCGUGUUCUAGUGAGCCGCGACGAAAAUUCAUGGAAGACGUCUUCGACAGUGGGAGACGCACCGAAAGAGACGCAGAAGAUGUCUUUGAAAGUCAAGAAGAUGAGACCUGACGAAGAAGACGCUGCGCAAGACCAAGAUACGGAGCCCGGCAGUAAGCGCCACACGCGAACCCCUUCGUUGGAACAAGCUGUGGAGAUUCCGGUUCCCAAGCGGCAGAGUCAAAGAAUUUUGCUCAAAAACAUGUCGGCGGUGGCACAAGUCGAGGACGACUUUGAGACAGCCUACGUUGUGGAUUCAGUGGGAGAUAUGCCGAAAACGUUUAAGUCGGCGAUGGAAUCCAACAACGCGGUCAAGUGGAAGGAAGCGUGCGACUCCGAAAUCGACUCCCUCCGCAAGAACAAGACAUGGCAGUUGGUGCAAUUACCUAAGGGUCGGAAAACUAUCGGACGCAGAUGGGUGUUCCGCGUCAGAGAGAAUAGCAAUUCAGUCAGGUCGCCACAAUACCCAGGCCUGAAGUUGACCAAGGCCAUGUGCGAAGGAGGUUGCAAUCAUGCAGAAACGAUGGCAAAUUUUCCCUACCGGAACGCCUUAGGAUGCCUCAUUUACCUUAUGGUUGGCACCCGUCCUGACCUUGCUGCUGCAGUGGGAGUGCUUAGUCAGUUUGUAGCCGAUCCGUGUCCAACACACUGGCAAGCACUCAAGAGGGGUUUUCGGUAUGUAAAUGGUACCAGGACACACGGAAUUGAGUUUCAAGCAAGUGAAGACGACAUCCUUCAAGUCUACUCGGAUGCAGACUGGGCCGGCGACAUAGAGUCAAGGCGCAGUACAAGUGAAUACACCUUCAUCAUGAACAACAGUUGCAUCAGCUGGAGGAGCAAGAAGCAUCGAACGGUGGCACUAUCAUCACGGAAGAAGAGUCCAUGGCGCUAUCGGAGGCUACACAAUAAUCAGUUUGGUUGA